GUCGUGCUCAAGCUUGUAGGAAACGUUAUACUUUAUUGCAUAAAAUGCGUACUUGACACGGAAGAAUUAAUUUUCAUUCAUAAUUUUUCUUUGAAAAGCAUAUUUAUUCCACCUGAAAAUCCAUUAUCACUUUUGCUUCACGCCCAGAGAACACGAAGCUCGAUGCCAUUAUCCAAAACAAUCUUUUUGUUGUAUAGAUUCUGUCGUCCAAGUUGAAAAUCACAUAACAAAAUGCUACGAAAGGUCUGCAUCAGUUCCGUAAACACGAUAUCUAGGAGGAGUUUUAUAUCAAUCAAUCAUCCUCGUGUGAGUGGCGAAUUUUUUCUGCCCAAAACUCAACUCUAUAAAGAUGAGCAAUCGAGAAAUCGCAACCGCGAUGAAAAUGACCGAGAUAAUCAAAGAAGAGACCAUAAAUUAAUACCAUUUCUUGCAGCAAGUUCCUUCCUGUCAUGGUUUAGUAAAAAAGACGAGGAAGAUACGCCGGAAAAUGAACUCAUCAGAACCAUUAAGUUAUCCAUUCUCAACAUCCAGAGAGAAGAAUACAAAAAGGCAGAACAGUUGUUACAUGUCGCCCUGAAAAUGGCCCAAAACCUGCAGAGCAAAGACGGAAUUACGUAUAUUUACGACAUCAUGGCAAAUCUGGCGAUGGAAGUGGGUGAAUACGCCAAAGCGGAGAAACUGUUCACAAACGUCAUGCAACGGUUAUUUGCCGAUGGCUUCGUGGAAGAUCAUAUCAAAAUACUGCAUAUUAGCUCGAAGAUAGCGCACAUAGCGCAACUUCAGGGUCACUUGGACAAAGCGAUGCAGGGUUUCGAGUGGACGAUAGCGAAGCUAGAGGACAGCCUGAGAAAAGUUGGCGAGGAUAAGGAAAUUCUGGAGCUUUGGGGUAUCACAAAGAACUGGUAUGCGCAAAUGCUGAUGGAAGCGAAAAGGUUCGCAGAGGCUCGCAACUGUUUCCGGCAAGCCUACGAUGCAUACACACAGAUUCACGGCAACCUAACGGAAGAAGGACUGACGAUAUUAAACAAUCUUAGCGUGGCGUGUUCGAAUCUGGAAGAUUACACAUCAGCCGAAUCCUAUCUCAAGGAAGCGAUUUCACUUGCUGCCCAGCUACCAGAGCUCACUGAAGCGGGAGUAUUCCGAGCAAACUUGGGUUUGUUGUAUCUCCAGCAGGGAUUGCUGAAACAGGCGGCCGAGUUCUGUUCGUUCGCUUGGAAGUACGGCAAACAGCAUAAACAUGAAGAAACUGUGAUACAAGCCAACUACUGUCUGGAACAGAUAAAGGCAAUGAAAAAGUAAAUUAGCAAUUCUAAUUGAUUGCUGAUAUUGUUAAUAAGUAUUGAAUUACUCAUUUGAAAUUUUAUUAUAAAGAAAAAUUUAUUGAUGGA